AGCACCGGUGCCACAUAAGGAUACAACAAAAAGGUACUCGCUGGGAAAUACGAUGCAUCUCACAGCGGUGGUCUUGAUUCUGGUCGUGGCAGGCAUCGCCAAAGGUUGGGAUUGCAGAGGGUGCAACACAGAAAAUGGGUUUUGUGAGAAGCCAGGGAAGUGCAGGUGCAAACCGGGCUGGCAAGGAGACAACUGUGACCGGUGCCUGCUGUUCCCCGGCUGUCUGCACGGCACAUGCGAGAGGGCGUGGCAGUGCGUGUGCGCGGAGGGCUGGGUGGGCAGCCUGUGUGACCAAGAUACCCGCCUUUGCUCGUCCAGGCCUUGUGUCGGCAACGCCACCUGCAUAGAGACGGGAGAGGGGGGGUACCUGUGCAUCUGUCCCCCCGGCUACGCUGGAGAAAGCUGCCACCUGAAGACAGGAGCCUGCCUCACAAACGGCUCUCCUUGUCAGAACGGAGGCACAUGUACAGACACCGGAGGCUCAGCAGCCUCCUCCUCCUGCUCAUGUCCCCCUGGAUUUUCCGGAGACUUCUGCGAGAUAAGCGUUGACAGCUGCCAGCCUAACCCCUGCGUCAAUGGUGGCAACUGUACAAAUCACGGCCUGGCCUUCACCUGUCUCUGUCCGCACAGCUUCACUGGUUUUACUUGUAACGACUCCAGCAGCCUGUCGCCCUGCGGCGGCCGGCCCUGUGCCAAUGGCAGCACAUGUGUUGGUCAGCCUGAUGGAACUUUCAGGUGUGUAUGCCAGAAAUGGUUUACAGGUCCCACAUGUUCCCUGCAGCACAGGCCGAAGGCCAGGCCUAAACCUGCCAGUUCCAGGCCUGCGGAACACAAGGUGUUUGCACUGACCCCGCAGCAUUACUCCCUUCCUGCUCACGCCUUCCACAGGCUCCUCAGACCGCCGGAGAGAGACCUGCUGAAGAUCACCCUGAAGGAGACUGUCCACUCCCCCGGUGUCCUCGUCACCCAGGGUCAGCUCAUCUGCUUCGGCAUACUGGCCCUGCUCACCUGCCUGGUCAUACUGGGCACCACAGGCAUCGUAUUUUUCGGCCGCUGCGAGACGUGGCUGGCUAACGCCAAGUACAACCAGCUUGUUCGGCAGCAAAGGGAACACCUGCUGAGGGAGAACGGCUGUAACCAGGAAGAGCCGGAGCACUCAGUGAACAUCAUCCUGCCGGAGAAGAUUAGACUCACCAGCUUUGGGAGACACUACACAUCCAUUUGAAUAGAUCGUCUCUUCCUCUUCCCGACUUCCUGACUGCUACCCUGUCUUGUUCGUGAAGUUAGAGAUUCUGGACGCGAUGGAAUAUAACUAAAUGUACAGUCGACCUGACUGGAUUGGACAAACAUAACACUGGAUUAUAAAUGUGCUUUUAAUCCAAAAAGAUAUACAUUUUACACAGGUAUAACAUUAUAAACCAUGUUGCAACAAAUAUCACCUUGAUGGUUGGUUUAAACAAAAAAUUGCACAUUGUUGUAUUUCUUAGAAAACAAAAAUUCUAACAAAAAAAGGGAUUGUGGUGAUUCUGCUCUUUUACUGGUGGAUAAGGAAACAAUAAUGGCAUUGAAAGAAUAAUAGUGAGUAUUCAAAAGGGAUAUAAACUGGAUGACACUUCUUUCAGUAUCUGUAAUCAAACUAAAUAAUGAUACCACUGACAUUUCAUUUGGUAACAAAUGAAAUAUCAGAUUUUAUAACCAUUACUGGAGCCACAAUGAUUAAUCAGAGUCGACCUCUGGAAAAUUAACUGGCAACUAUUUUGAUUAUGAUCGUUUUUUUUUUGUGUAUAAAUGUCAAAGAUUUGCUGCUAUGAUGAUAAUCUGAAUGUCUUCUGGUUUUGGACUGGAAAUUACACAACAAUGGGCUGCAGGAUAUUUUACUGAACUUAUUAUGUUGAUUUUUUUCUGUUGUUUCUGAGAUAAAAUCACAAAUCAAGAAAACGAUUAUUAAUUAAGAUAAUAGGUUCCUGCAGCCCUAACAAAUCUCCAUACCACAUACUGUGAAUUAUCCAUUUCCUUAAUACACAUUGUGAGUUUGUACAUAUGUGUAGUAAAAAACGUGUAUUGCUACAUUCCACCAAAACCACUGGACUUUAAAAUGCUGCAAGUAUUAAUUUCCCAGAAUGUGACAGUUGAACUGUAUUAAUGUUACUGGAAAAAUGAGAUUCCCUACAUACCAUUGAAGUUGCUUAGUAGAAAUGGAAUGAGCAAUAUGGCCAAAAAUGAUACAAAGAGGGAAAUUUGAUAUAGAUAAUUCUCACGAAUAUAUAUUUUAGGUUUAAAGACAGACUUUUUCCGCUGAUUAAAGGUUUUGGUCUCAUACUCUUCUUUAUGAGCAGAGAACGACAAACACUGUAAAAGAAAAUUCAAAUCUGAGGUAAAUAAAUUUUGUGUUACACCUCCUCAUUGUGCUGACGCAAAGCAAUAUAUCCAUAAAUAUACUGACUGUUUGUUAUAUUGCUACUGAUGUAAAUUAUAUUGCAAGAAUUGGUUUUGUAUUGUUUUAUUUAUUAUUUCACAGCUCCUGGAGAAAUGCCACCUCCUGUCUUUAUUUGAAUCUGUUAAUAUUCGCACCUCCAUCUUCAUCAGCUCUAGUUUCACAGAUAACCCACCAUGCAUCUGUGAAGAAAAACACGUCUGUUACCCAGCAAAUAUAUCGUUAAACAAGUGCCAGACGUUUCAAACUGUCAAAUAUUCAGAGCUGAUAUAUGAGGAUUUGUGAUGCAUACGUUCAGCUGUUAUUAAUGUGAUGAUCUUUGUUUAUCUUGUGCUGUUGACAUCGGAUCGACAUUCCAGGUUGUGUUUUUUUAUUAUGCUCAUCAACCUGUAGACUGUAUAUAAAAACGUCAAAAACUAAUGAUCACAUGUACAGGUGGCUUUUCUACACAGGACGGAGAAUGUGCAGAA